AUGGUGGACUUGGAUAAAUGGAUAGAGAAGGUCAAGCGCUGCGAGUACCUAGCAGAGGACGAGCUGAAGGCGCUGUGCGAAUAUGUCAAGGAGAUCCUGGUUGAGGAGUCCAACGUGCAGCCAGUGCAGGCCCCUGUCACGGUGUGCGGCGACAUCCAUGGGCAAUUCCAUGACCUGCUGCGGCUAUUUGACACGGGCGGGCAGGUGCCAGACACAUCAUACAUCUUCAUGGGCGACUUUGUGGACCGAGGGUACAACAGCCUCGAGGUGUUCACGCUGCUGCUGCUGCUCAAGGCGCGGUGGCCGGCGAACAUGACGCUGCUGCGGGGCAACCACGAGAGCCGGCAGAUUACACAGCAGCAGCAGCAGCAGCAGCAGCAGCAGCAGCAGCAGCAGCAGCAGCAGCAGCAGGGCGCGUGGCGUCCUGGCCUGUUGCACACGAGGUCCAGAAGCCAAAGCAGCAGACUGCUUCACCGCCUCGAGCCUGAAUGCAGGAGCUCGCCCCUGCGGCCGUGCUGUCGCCGCCCUCAGGUGUAUGGCUUCUACGACGAGUGCCAACGGAAGUAUGGCAACGCAAACAGCUGGCGCUAUUGCACAGAAGUGUUUGACUACCUCACGGUCUCGGCUCUGAUUGACGGCAAGGUGCUGUGCGUCCACGGCGGCCUCUCGCCAGACAUCCGGACGCUGGACCAGGUGCGGGUGAUCGACCGCGUGUGUGAGAUCCCACACGAGGGGCCCUUCUGCGACCUCAUGUGGAGCGACCCUGAAGACAUAGAGACGUGGGCCGUCAGCCCACGCGGCGCGGGGUGGCUCUUUGGCCGCAAGGUCACGGGGGAGUUCAACCAGAUCAACGGUGGGCGCUAG